AUACAAGUCUUCCCUUCCCUGCCUCGCUCGCUUCGGUGCGCUCGCUUUCAAUCUGUAGGCAUCUUCCAAGAACGGUUCUCUUCGUCGUUUUUCUUCGAUCUAGAUAACAUAUGAGAGACGAAAAGUUCUAUUUUGCAACGAGCAGAAGCGACAGAAGUGGUUCUUUUGGAGCAGAUCGAGCGGAGAUCUUCCGGCCACGCCAUCUUUCGGCGGAUUUGGCCUGUUGUCCAGGCAUGUGGUGUUUUUGGUGCAUGUGAAGCUUGCUUCGGCUUGCCAUGAUGAAGGAAAUUGAGGAUUCCAUUAGCUAUCAGGCUGAGACUAUAUCUUCUGGGUCGAUAUCAUUUGGCCGUUUUGAAGCUGAAACCAUGUCAUGGGAAAGAAGGUCAUCAUUCUCCCAUAAUAGAUACCUUGAAGAGGUUGAGAAAUAUGCCACACCUGGUUCAGUUACUCAAAAGAAAGCUUAUUUUGAAGCCCACUUUAAGAAAAAGCCUCUUCUGCAUCACACUUUUCCAGGAUUUCAAAGUGAGGCCAAAUUGCAGUUUGCUGAAAAUUGUGCUGGAAAUCACACAUGGAAUGUUGAUGAUUCGGUAGAAUGUGGUGAUGAUGGACAAGUUGAAUACACUUUCUUUGAGGCACCAUUAGUAUCUGAUGAACAUGAGGUAACAAAAUGUGAACAAGAAGAAGUGUUGAGCCCGAAUUUCUCGAGAGAAUAUACUCCAUGGAACAGUGAAGAACUGUCAGACCGUGGUGCUUUUGACUAUGGUGAAGCAUAUCAAGUACAGUCUAAUAUCACUCCACAGGAUGGGAAUGAUAUGCAAAUAGUUGCCAAAGAGAAUCAUGAACAUGAGACUAGUUCUCCUCAAGAAUUACUUGAUGGCCAGGAAUUUUCUUCUAAAAUUCCUUCAGAUGUGAAAAAUAAGACUCCUGUUUUGAACAAAAUGGGAAGAAUGUCUACUGAGGUACCAGAAAAAGUUGAAAAGAAAUUUGCAAAAGGAAAAUUGAGGAACCAGUUGCCUGAUUCACAGACUUCAAGAAAGCCUUCAACUUAUAAGAGUUCUCAUUCUGCUGGUAAGACAUUUCCAAAAAAAUUAGUUGAAGUGGAAAGGGGAGAUACAGAGAAGAUGCAACCACAGCAAAGGUUUCCUGCAAGAAUUUCACGAAGUUCUUUAGAUUCCAAAAAUCAUAAAGCAGUGGAUUCAGAAAAGCUGAAAGCUAGGGUAGGAGAAGAGAAGAGAAGGUACUUCUACAUGCUUAUCUGGAAGCUCUUAGUAGUUUCAGCAUUCCCCAAUUACGAUAUUAAUUCACCUUCAUAUUCACUUGCCAUGGUAAAUGUUUAUCUUCUGUUGUUGAUUUAUGCACUCAACAGUGAGAAAUGUAUAAGUGGACAUACGGUAAUUCAUGUCCUUGAUCCCCUUCCUGGAAAAUGUCAAACUGAUAUACAACAAUCUGCGGACAGAUGUGCAAGGGUUCCUCUCUCAGAUCAAACAAAAGUAAAACAUAGAGCUGAUGCUUUCAAAUUUAGAAGUGAUCAGAGGGCUGAAAAAAGAAAAGAGUUUUACAUGAAAUUGGAAGAAAAGAUGCAUGUAAAAGAGGCUGAGAUGAAUGAGAUCCAAGCUAGAACACAAGAAGAAGCAGAUGCUGAGAUUAAGCAGCUGCGGAAGAGCCUUAACUUCAAGGCAACUCCUAUGCCUUCUUUCUAUAACAAAGCUGCACCGGCAGUCCUGAAUGGAAAAAAGGUGGCUGCAAUGCCUGCAAGCUUUUCAAAGUCGCAAAACAAGACUAGGAUUUCUGCAAAUAGAAACUCAUAUAGAGAUAAAUCUCCAGUCAUAUCUAGGAUAUAUCGAGAGGGCUCCACUGGUGAACCAAAACACACUGAUAAUGACAACCAUCAAGAAACAGUUCCUGCCAAGAAGAUCCAGGCGGGGAAGAAGGACGAGAAGAGCAGGCUCCACGCGCAGCAAGGAGAUGGCAGCGGAAAGAAGGAAGCGAGGGGAAAUAUGGUGAAAGCAGGGUCAGAAAGAUGAAGGGUAUCGUCGCUGGUAAUAUAGCAGUCCAAGUUGCAUCAUGAACUGGAAGUCUUUCAUUUUUCCAGUUAUCGAUAUGAGUCGUAAAGAACUGAGAGAUGCAGGCGUUCCUGCUGUCUCAUCUAAACAGACUAACAAUCUGCCAUUGCCAGUGCUUUCUUUUGAGCCACUUUUCUAAGUUAUCAAAGCCAAUUACCUUCUUGUAUCAAUUUCAAAAGUGCUGGACUUAUGAUGUUGGUAUGUGACAAAACUCAAAUAGGUAUGUACAUUGUUGAGCAAUUUAUUUAGGCCAUCAUGUUGAUUUGUAAUCAAUACUUUUUGAUGUUUUCAGCAAGGUUGCGUGCUCUGUGCUUCAUUUCAAAUAA